CCCACUCCAGCCAGCAGUCUUUCGGGUGAUGCUUCUUGCGUGACGUAUAAUGGACGGGACGCUUCUUCAGGAACAACAACUCGGCUACUCUUUCAACCACCUCGGUAGCUUGCUAGCCAACAUAAAACUGUCUAACUAUCUAACUUAAAACCGAAAUAUUGACGCUUUAGACCACGGUUAUGUACAUUAGCUAAUCUCAGUGUUUUAAACACAAUUAUUAUGUUGACGUAUCUACUGGUUAACUCUAAUUUGCUUGUUCAAUUUGCAAACUUGUUAAAGAUUGAUACUGAGCCUAGCACUAGGCUAGUCGCUAAUGCUAUUCGCUAAUGCUAGCUAACUAGCUAGCUAACAUCCCUGACCAUGAGCUCAUUAAACUACUCAUUCCCUGCUAAAGAAGAAGAUAUCUACAGGACGGAGAAAGAAGCUCUGGCGCUGAACAUUGUCGUGAAAGAAGAAGAAGAGGAUAUUACAGUGAAAGGAGAGGAAGAACCUUUCAGAAUGAAAAAGGAGGAAGAGGAGGCUGUUAUAGGGAAAGAAGAGGAAGAACAUUUUGGAGUGGAAGAGAGGAUAGAGGCUGUCACAGUGGAAGAGGAAGACUCUUUCAGAAUGAAAAAGGAGGAAGAGGAGACUAUCACAUUGAAAGAAGAAGAGGAGGAUGUUACCGUGAAAAAAUAUAAAGAAUCUUUAGUAGUGAAAGGGGGGAUGGAGACAGCCAGAGUGGAAGAGGAGGAUGUUAUAGGGGGGAAAGAGGAAGAACCGUUUAGAGAGGAAGAGGAUGCUAUCUCAAUAAAGGUGAAGGAGGAAGACGUUUUGGGAGUGAAAGAGGAGGAGACAGAAGAUCCGAUUGACACCAGAGAGAGACAUGACUAUGGUGGAUCCUCUGGGGAGCCUCAACAACAUCCUGAUGCUGACGAGGCAGAGAAGAGUCUCUCCAGAUCAGAACACCAGAUGGACAACGCUAGCCCUUCCACCCUCCCGGGGUCCCCAUGUCGUGCCUCUCCCGGUAGCACCUUACUGCUGGGUAUGAAGAGGUUGUCUGUGCUGCUGGUGGACUGCAGGAAAACAACGGGGCUGAAUGGAACUGUGAGAGGAGGAGAAGAGAAGAAAGGAUCAGAUUUGACACAUCAAACAGAAGAGAGACCCGACUCAGAGGAACCAGAGAUGUCUGAACCAGCGAGACGACACCACUGUUCCCAGUGUGGAAAGAGUUAUACCCGUUUAUGGAGCCUGAAAAACCAUAAGAGAACACAUGCAGGAAGAAGCCUUAUCACUGCUCUCAGUGUGGAAAGAGUUUUACCCGGUUAGGGAGCCUUGAAAUACAUAAAAGAAUACACACAGGAGAUAAGCCUUACCACUGCUUCCAGUGUGGAAAGAGAUUUAUCCAGUCAACACAUCUG